AUGGAUCAGGCCAACACAACAAACUACAAGGAGGCUUUCGCUCUCUUCGACAAGCGCGGUAACGGCCGUGUCCAGAUCGACUCCCUGGGCGAUCUCCUUCGCGCAUGCGGCCAGAACCCCACCCUCGCUGAGAUCAGCGACCUCGAGAAGAGCAUUGGCGGAGACUUCCUCAACCGCGCUGGCGGUUUCCGCGACCCCGGCGAGCCCGAGGAGUACUGCCGUGGUUUCCAAGUCUUCGACAAAGACAUGACUGGCUUCAUCGGCGUUGGUCAGCUCAGAUACAGUACAACUGCCCCUGGAACAAUCUUUGCCGAGAACAAGACACUGACACAAUACACAGUCUUGACCAACCUGGGCGAGAAGAUGAGCGACGACGAGGUCGACGAGCUGCUCAAGGCCGUUGACACCAGCAGCGGCGAGAUCAACUACGUUGACUUGGUCAAGACCGUCCUCGCGAACUAA